AUGGCGCCCCCAACUGCAACAGACACCAUCACCAACACCGUCACCAUGCAAGCUCCGCAAUCAUCCCAGGCAGAGGGCGCGGAAAAGGCCAAGGUCAAAAUGCAAAUGCCUAGCAUGCCGGUAUUCGAAGAUAAGAUGAAAGAGCGCGAAUAUCUCAAGGGCCGUCUGGCGGCUGCAUUCCGAAUCUUCGGUGACAAGGGAUAUGACGAGGGUGUUGCGGGACACAUCACCGUCCGUGACCCGGUUGACCCCUCGACCUUCUGGGUGAACCCCUUCGGCACAGCGUUCAAGUUGAUGAAAGCCUCAGACUUAAUCCAGGUUGACCAUGACGGUAACGUCAUUGCGGGCGGUCCAAACCGCAUGUUAAACGCUGCUGCUUUUAUGAUUCAUUCGGCAAUUCAUGCCGCCAGGCCGGAUGUGCAUUGUGCAGCGCAUAGCCAUAGUCUUUAUGGGCGAGCGUUUUGCUCACUAGGCCGACCGCUAGAUAUCAUUUCGCAGGAUGCCUGUGCUUUCCACAACGACCUGGCACUGUAUAACUCCUUCAAGGGUGUUGUCCUAGCCAAGGAAGAAGGUGAGAACAUUGCCACGGCACUUGGAAACAAAAAAGCCGCACUUCUCCAAAAUCACGGUCUUUUGACUGUCGGAAACACCAUUGAGGAAACUGUCUUCUGGUUCGUCAGCCUGGAGAAAUGUUGCUACGCACAGCUCCUAGCAGACGCCGCUGCGACCGGCCGAGGCGGACAGACGGUCAAAAUCGACGAGGCAGAUGCUGCUUUCACAUACAAGACAGUCGGAACCCCCAAGGCCGGUUGGUUCAGUGCGAAGCCCCUAUUUGAUGUAAUUCACGAGGAGACCAAGGGCGCGUACUUGGAAUAA